UUUGUAUUACAUAGUUUUCUACUAGUUUUCUCCUGCCUGGUGCUGUCUGUCUUUUCAACUAUUGAUGAAUACCAGAACAGCUCAGAAGGAGCCCUUUACAUCCUGGAAAUUGUCACCAUUGUGGUGUUUGGGGUUGAAUACUUUGUGAGGAUCUGGGCAGCCGGCUGCUGCUGUCGAUACCGGGGCUGGAGGGGAAGGUUAAAAUUUGCCCGCAAGCCUUUCUGCGUCAUCGACAUCAUGGUGCUGAUCGCGUCCAUCGCCGUGUUGGCAGCGGGGUCCCAAGGGAAUGUCUUUGCCACCUCGGCGCUCAGGAGUUUGAGGUUCCUGCAGAUCCUGCGCAUGAUCCGUAUGGACCGGCGGGGUGGCACCUGGAAGCUUCUGGGCUCUGUGGUCUAUGCACACAGUAAGGAGCUGAUUACUGCCUGGUAUAUUGGCUUCCUGUGCCUCAUUCUGGCCUCUUUCCUGGUAUACUUGGCUGAGAAAGGAGAAAAUGAGCACUUUGAUACGUACGCAGAUGCACUCUGGUGGGGUCUGAUUACUCUCACCACCAUCGGCUACGGGGACAAGUACCCACAGACCUGGAACGGGCGGCUGCUGGCAGCUACGUUCACACUCAUCGGCGUCUCCUUCUUCGCCCUUCCUGCCGGCAUCUUGGGUUCGGGGUUUGCCCUGAAGGUUCAAGAGCAGCAUCGACAAAAACACUUUGAGAAGAGGCGAAACCCAGCAGCUGGCUUGAUUCAGGCGGCUUGGAGAUUUUAUGCCACCAACUUGUCCCGGACAGACCUACACUCCACCUGGCAGUACUAUGAACGCACCGUCACUGUCCCCAUGUACAGCACGCAAACGCAAACGUACGGUGCCUCCAGACUCAUCCCUCCUCUGAACCAGCUGGAGCUCCUGAGGAACCUGAAGAGCAAAUCAGGACUGACAUUCAGGAAAGAGCAGCAGCCUGAACCAUCGCCAAGUCAGAAGGUCAGUUUGAAAGAUCGUGUCUUCUCCAGUCCCCGCGGUGCUGGCACCAAAGGGAAAGGCUCUCCACAGGCUCAGGGCAUCCGGAGAUCCCCCAGCGCUGACCAGAGCAUUGAGGACAGCCCAAGCAAAGUGCCCAAGAGCUGGAGCUUUGGAGACCGCAGCCGAGCCCGGCAAGCUUUCCGCAUCAAGGGAGCAGCAUCGCGGCAAAACUCAGAAGAAGCAAGCCUGCCUGGAGAAGACAUUCCUGAUGAGAACAAAAGCUGCAACUGCGAGUUUGUGACAGAAGAUUUGACACCGGGUCUGAAAGUCAGCAUCAGGGCAGUGUGCAUUAUGAGAUUUCUCGUCUCCAAGCGCAAGUUUAAGGAGAGUCUUCGGCCCUAUGACGUGAUGGAUGUCAUCGAGCAGUAUUCAGCCGGUCACCUGGACAUGCUUUCCCGGAUUAAAAACCUUCAGGCCAGGAUAGAUAUGAUUGUGGGUCCCCCGCCCCCUUCAACUCCCCGGCAUAAGAAGUAUCCAACCAAAGGACCCAUGUAUUCUUCCAAAGAAUCUCCCCAAUACUCGCCUAGGGUUGACCAGAUUGUUGGGAGAGGAUCCUCCAUGACCGACAAAGAUCGAACCAAAGGACCAGCGGAGGGAGAGCUGCCUGAAGACCCCAGCAUGAUGGGCAGGCUUGGAAAAGUUGAAAAACAGGUUCAGUCAAUGGAGAAGAAGCUGGACUUCCUGGUGAACAUUUACAUGCAGCGGAUGGGCAUCCCACCAACAGAGACAGAGGCUUAUUUUGGGUCCAAAGAACCUGACCCAGCACCUCCCUACCACAGCCCUGAAGACAGCAGGGAGCACAUUGACAAGAAUGGCUGCAUCAUCAAGAUCAUCAGGUCCACCAGCUCCAUGGGUCAGAAGAACUUCUCUGCCCCGCCAGCCCCAAACAACGCAUGCCCACCCUCGACGUCAUGCCAGCAGCAGGUCUACCAGCGGCAAAGCCACGGCUCCUCACCCGUCGGAGACCCCGGCUCUCUGGUCCGCAUCCCACCUCCGCCCUCCCACGAGCGCUCCUUGUCAGCGUACAGCGGUGGGCACAGGGCGAGCGCAGAGUACCUGAGGAAUGAAGACAUUACAACCAAACACCACGAGAGUGCCAUGAGAGACAGCGACACAUCCAUCUCCAUCCCCUCGGUAGACCACGAGGAACUGGAGCGCUCUUUCAGUGGCUUUAGCAUCUCCCAGUCCAAAGAGAAUUUGGACAUCCUUAACAACGGUUGCUAUGCAGCCGUGGCCAAAAUCAGACCCUACAUUGCAGAAGGGGAAUCAGACACCGAUUCUGACCUCUGCACACCCUGUGGUCCUCCUCCCAGGUCAGCCACGGGUGAGGGACCUUUCAGUGACAUGGGCUGGUCAGCCCCCAGGCAGUGA